AUGGAGGCAGGAGAUGCAUCGCCUCCGUCUUUUCCGUGGGAGAAGAUGGAUGAAGGGGCUGAGUCUUCCCGCAAGCAUGCAGCUGAACUUGAACGUCUAGGUUGGUCUCAUGCUGACGGGGGGGAGUGGCUCGUUCACACGGAGAGCGGAUGGCUGUGCAAUCCUAGUGAAAAGGUUUAUUUCCAUGCAGAAAGAAACAUACUACUGCCUGCGCAGCCACAAGCCGCUGCAGCUGAAGGAACGGUGGGCAGCGAAACCUUCCCGGUACAACACCAACAGCGUGUUGAAGGGCCCCGAGGCGGGGACAAUUCAGAAGGAGGAGAAGAGGGGGAAGAAAUGGGAGAUGAUUUGCAAUCCGACGAUUAUUCUGAUUUCAUGUUGGAUCUCGAGGAUGACCUCGACGCUGCGACAGCGCAGAAAAAGGUGAAGAAUGUUUGCCACAGCAAAUUACAGAGCGGAAACGGAACUUGUGCAGACUACGCCGCGGCGCAUCUACACAAGAACAUCUUGAGCUGCUACCGCCAGGUUUACAGGACCGUUCAGCGCAAGCGCGAAGAAGAAGCGGCGAGUCGCCAGCAGCACUCGCAACAGCAGCGGCUGCGGGAGCAGCGGGCUAACGGGCAGUGGCUGCAGCAGCUGAACAGAACAGCCGAGCCUUUGCGCCCUGAGGAGCAGCGGCUGUCAGUGGAGCUCGAGGCCCUCGUGCGUAGCUGCUUCAGUGCAUUCUCCGUCACCGACAAGAACUACUUGGGCCUCACCUCCAGCGCCCUCACCCAAGACGCGGGCUCCACUGCUUGCGUCGCGAUUUUCUUUGGCCCCGACGAAGAAGGAGCGCUGAAACUGAUUACAGCGCAUGCAGGCGACUCGCGAGCGGUUUUGUGUCGAGACGGUGCCGCCUUGCGCCUUACGGAAGACCAUAAACCAAAUACCCCCAGCGAACGAAAACGCAUCGAGGCCGCAGGAGGACAGGUGGCGUCCAUUCAGGGAAUUUGGCGGGUGUUUGCUUUAGACUCGCGCAAGAACCGCACUUUUGGGCUUUCGACGGCAAGGGCUUUGGGGGACCUUGCUCUGAAAAAGCCGAAGCCCUUAGUUAUAUCCAACCCUACCGUUCAUGUCUACACGCUGCAUUUUGACAGAGACGCAUUCCUCGUGUUGGGCUCGGAUGGUAUUUUUGAGGUUUUGUCUGACGAUGAAGUUGUCAAUCUGAUUCUCUCUCGCCUUCCCGCAACUCCUCUGGAGGUCGGAAGCCUUUG